AUGCAGCCAUUGCACUGCCGUUGUCGGUCCAUACACCGCCGGAGACGGACCUCCGACACUCGCCUAGCUCGCAUGAACGAGGUGAUCUUCACGUUCCCGAUCUCAGCUGUUGCAGCCCUCCUUCAAUUACAAUACCAAGGCGACAGCCUGGUGGGCCAGCCUCCAGUGUCCUCCAUCAAUAUUUUCAUCUUGGCCAUACUUAUAUCCUUCUGCGCUGUCACCGCCUCAGUAACCCUCCCUCGUAAAUACAUCAAAGCCAUUCGUAUUUCUAGCCGUGUGGCCAUUUGCUCAAUCAAGAUUGGGAUGGAUGUGGCCGCUUCAGAGUUCUUCACUAAAGAUGGCAGAUACGAUCUGGAUUUCAAGAAGCAACCAAACGAUGGGGCUCAUGUGCACACAGCUCACAGCCUCGGUGAGCUAUACAAAGAGUUUGUCAGAGACUUUCCAAUUGUGUCCAUUGAAGAUCCCUUUGAUCAAGAUGAUUGGAGCUCAUGGGCAUCACUACAGUCCUCAGUUGAUAUACAACUAGUGGGAGAUGAUUUGUUGGUAACAAAUCCAAAGCGGAUUGCGGAGGCAAUUCAGAAGAAGUCUUGUAAUGGUUUGUUAUUAAAGGUUAACCAGAUUGGAACAGUUACAGAAUCCAUACAAGCAGCUCUUGACUCAAAAGCUGCAGGAUGGGGUGUGAUGGUGAGCCACCGCAGUGGUGAGACAGAGGAUAAUUUUAUUGCUGAUCUAUCCGUUGGCCUAGCAAGUGGACAGGUAUAAU